UUGGGCUUACGGUCGUCAUCGUUGCAAUAUGUUUAGUUUGCCGAGAGAGACCAAAUUUAACAUGGAUGAACUGGAAAAACCGCUUCUUGGACCUGAAAAUUUUAAUAGAGAAGCGGUCGAUUUGGAAUGUAUGCCCCUGGAAGAAGUCUUCGAACAACUUAGAACAUCGCGCAGCGGCCUUUCAGCGGCAGAUGCUGCUGCACGGCUGCAGCUUUUCGGCCUAAACAAAUUAGAGGAGAAGCGGGAGAACAAAUUUCUCAAGUUCCUCAGCUUUAUGUGGAAUCCUUUGUCCUGGGUUAUGGAAGCGGCAGCCAUAAUGGCGAUAAUUUUGGCUAAUGGUGGGGGAGAGGGUCCUGAUUGGGAAGAUUUUGCCGGGAUUAUCUGCUUGCUGAUACUCAAUUCGACAAUUAGUUUCAUCGAGGAAAAUAAUGCUGGAAAUGCUGCAGCAGCACUUAUGGCUCGUCUAGCGCCUAAGACGAAGGUUUUGAGGGAUGGGCAAUGGCAAGAGCAGGACGCUGCCACUUUAGUACCUGGAGAUAUAAUCAGCAUUAAGCUUGGCGAUAUCAUCCCCGCAGAUGCUCGACUGCUCGAGGGAGAUCCUUUGAAAGUUGACCAGUCGGCUCUCACCGGUGAAUCUCUUCCAGUUACGAAAAGGGCCGGCGAUGUAGUAUUUUCUGGUUCAACAUGUAAGCAUGGAGAAAUCGAAGCUGUUGUAAUUGCAACUGGCGUUCAUUCUUUCUUUGGAAAGGCCGCACAUUUGGUGGACUCCACUGAAGUUGUCGGGCAUUUUCAGAAGGUUCUUACUGCCAUCGGGAACUUUUGUAUAUGCUCAAUAGCUGUCGGAAUAAUUGUCGAGAUUAUUGUCAUGUUCCCAAUCCAACAUCGAGCUUAUAGAGACGGGAUCAACAAUCUUCUGGUUCUUUUGAUUGGCGGAAUACCGAUAGCCAUGCCGACGGUAUUGUCAGUAACCCUCGCAAUUGGUUCGCACCGCCUGUCGCAACAGGGUGCGAUUACUAAACGGAUGACUGCUAUUGAGGAAUUGGCGGGAAUGGAUGUCCUCUGCAGUGACAAAACUGGAACACUUACUUUGAAUCGCCUCACUGUCGAUAAAAAUCUCAUAGAGGUGUUCAACAGAGACAUGGAUAGAGAUACGAUCGUAUUGCUCGCAGCUAGAGCUUCGAGACUUGAGAACCAAGACGCAAUUGAUACGGCGAUUAUUAAUAUGCUUGCUGAUCCUAAGGAGGCCCGUGCAAACAUCACCGAAGUGCAUUUUUUUCCAUUUAAUCCUGUGGAUAAGCGGACAGCUAUAACAUACAUUGAUUCUGAUGGAAGUUGGUAUAGAGCUACCAAAGGAGCUCCUGAGCAGAUCCUAAAUCUCUGCUACAACAAGCAUGAAAUCGCCGGAAAAGUGCACACGGUCGUUGAUAGAUUUGCUGAAAGGGGCCUGCGCUCGCUUGCAGUUGCUUAUCAGGCUGUUCCUGAGAAAAAUAAAGAGAGCCCUGGCGGUCCGUGGAUUUUCUGUGGAUUGUUGCCAUUGUUUGAUCCACCAAGACACGACAGUGCGGAGACCAUUCGUCGAGCACUAAACCUCGGUGUCUGUGUGAAGAUGAUCACUGGUGAUCAGCUGUCCAUCGCAAAAGAGACUGGCCGACGUCUAGGAAUGGGAACAAACAUGUAUCCUUCCUCGUCAUUAUUGGGUCGCGAUAAAGAUGAAAAUGAAGCCCUUCCUGUCGACGAACUUAUCGAGAAGGCUGAUGGAUUUGCUGGUGUUUUUCCGGAGCACAAGUACGAAAUAGUGAAAAUUCUUCAAGAGAAAAGGCACAUAGUCGGGAUGACUGGAGACGGUGUAAACGAUGCACCUGCUCUGAAGAAAGCGGAUAUUGGGAUAGCAGUGUCGGAUUCAACAGAUGCUGCGAGAAGUGCCGCUGAUAUUGUCCUCACAGAGCCCGGAUUGAGUGUCAUUAUUAGUGCUGUAUUGACCAGCCGGGCUAUAUUUCAAAGAAUGAAGAAUUAUACAAUUUAUGCUGUAUCAAUCACAAUAAGGAUAGUGCUUGGUUUUGCGCUUCUCGCAUUAAUUUGGGAAUAUGACUUCCCACCUUUCAUGAUUUUGAUUAUAGCCAUAUUGAAUGAUGGUACGAUCAUGACGAUUUCCAAGGAUCGUGUGAAGCCGUCUCCAAGACCUGAUAGUUGGAGGCUAAAGGAGAUUUUCGCCACUGGCAUCGUCAUAGGAACAUACCUUGCAUUAGUUACUGUUCUGUUCUAUUGGGCUGUCAGAAAGACCAACUUCUUUGAGGCUCACUUCAAAGUGAGAUCUCUCGGCAGCAGCGACGAAGAGAUUUCAUCUGCUAUCUAUCUGCAAGUCAGUAUCAUCAGCCAAGCUCUAAUCUUCGUCACGCGCAGUCAAAGUUGGUCAUUUGCCGAGCGGCCCGGUACUCUGCUGUUGUGCGCAUUUGUGGUAGCCCAAUUGGUGGCCACACUUAUUUCUGUUUACGCGCAUAUCAGCUUCGCUUCAGUUCGCGGUAUUGGGUGGGGCUGGGCUGGGAUUAUAUGGGUGUACAGCGUGAUCUUCUACAUACCUCUCGAUAUAAUCAAAUUCACCGUUCGAUAUGCCCUCAGCGGAGAAGCAUGGAAUCUGAUAUUCGACAGAAAGACUGCUUUUACCUCAAAUAGAGAUUAUGGGAAGGAGGAUAGAGAGGCCCAGUGGGUACUCUCUCAGAGGCUUCUGCAGGAGCCUCUAUCCUCUUCAGAUUUUGUGGGCAAGAGGAGGAGAUCUUGUUCGAUUGCUGAACAGGCCAAGCGGCGUGCUGAAAUAGUGAGGUUGGGAGAAAUACAGACACUCAGAGGGCAUGUAGAAUCAGUGGUGAGGCUGAAGAAUUUAGAUGUGAAUGUCAUCCAGAGUGCUCAUACAGUUUGAUCUCAACCAGACGGUAAUUUAGUAUCAUUUCAAAGAGAUUGGUUCAGCUCUAGUCUACAAUGUUCCCAACUUCAUCAGUUGCCUCGCGAUGCCGAACAGGGUCGACAGAGUCGGUCGGCAGGCGACCCUGUCGAUGAAGAAGUAACUCUUCAAAGAUUUGUUAAAGUUAGUUUGUUGAGGUACUUCCUGGAAGGUAUCAUUGCCUUUUUCCUCUAAAUCUUGUGAUUCAAAGAGAUAAUAAGGAUUUCGGGCAUA